AAGGAAGUCGCAAUCUACUCUGGAUUUGGCGUGAAGUAUAGGGAUCAAGCGCCUGCCAAUAUCUCAUCGUGUUGGAGUCGGAAAGUGUAUUGAAGUGCGCGACGCCGUUCAAUCAUCAGUUACUGCUAGAGCUGACUCCCCGCGGUGUUCAUUUUCAAGGGUGGUUGGCUAGCAAGCAGCACGCACCAAACGCUCUUCUGCACCGGCGCAUAAUGUGGGCUUAGAUUUCCUCGACUUUCGGAUGUCUACUUUUUAAUGUGCUCUUCAACCGCAUUUUCUCUUGUCCUCUCCAUUGCACAUGUUGCCUUUUAAGUGUGAAUUCCUACAGAGAUACACCCCUUUCCAUUCUAUACGUCGUCACCAGCAGUCAAGAUGGAUUUUAUAAAUGUUUUCAGAGGUUCACAUCUAUUUCGGUGAGCUUGCAAAUUAGGUCGUGACUUUCUUUGGUUUUGGACAUUCCACCCACACAGAAGCAUUCAUAUACCUUCCAGAGACACACUUACAGAAGACUGUCUUUGUAUAAUUAUUGAGGAAGAAAUCAAAAUGGGCCAGAUACCGGAAGUGAUAAGUUCCUGAGGGGUAUAGCAAGUCAACCUGGGUCAAUUCGGAUAGAAUCUGAUUACAUCUACGAUUUCGUCACCACUUAGAUCAUAAGUCAUCCUUUCCAUCUACGAUUACGAAAAUGAGGUGAUCGACCACCGCCUCCCUUGUUGACCACCUGUGCAUAAUCAGCAACGAUGUCGACUUAAUUCAUUUUACUGCUAGGUGGGGCAUUCUAGUGACGUCAUGUCUAUGAAUGAAAGGAAUUCGUAAGCGUAAACGUGUUGCGCGCAUCAAACGCACCAUGUGUCUGCGGAAUCCAAUCACAGGAAGAAGCUUUGGGCCAUGUGGGAUGUUGAUACUCGCCACGUUCUACUCCUUCAUCAUCUGCUUCGCCUACUUCUACUACGCUGAGAAGCAGGGAGCUCUCUCACGCGGAAGUUUCAUGCUCAAUUCACGUAUCCCACAAUGCAAUCAUCCCCGGUGCUACGUAUACAACCCCACCCUCGUCCGGCGAUCGCAUCGAGAGAGGAACGAGACGUUGGAGAAAAGCAGACAAAAGCUACUGGUUCCUGUCUCUGUACCUGAUCACAGGCCAUUUCUUCUACACUGUGACACGUGCUCUCUGGUAACCAGCUCCGGGCAGCUCUUGGGCAAAUCCGCAGGCAAGGACAUCGAUUCCGCAGAAUGUGUGAUCAGGAUGAACGACGCCCCCAUACGAGGCUUCGAGAGAGACGUCGGCAGACGAACAACCGUCCGAGUCGUUGGACACUCCAACUUCCGGACCAUCUUCCAGAACAAGCUGCGUAGUCAGUAUGUGCAUUUCAGGGAUCCUCUGACAAGGGCAGAAAAUGUCGUGAUUGCUUGGUUGUAUGCCACGAACAUUUAUAAAAACCCAGCCUACCGGCUGACUCUGAACUACUCACAGAUGUACAGGAACGUAACUUUCUUUAUGCAUACGCUAGCCAUGAUGCAGCAUAACAACGAGGUUUUUCACAAUGAAACGGGUAUAACAAGAACUCAGGCAAAGACAUGGCUGACGACAGGAUGGCACGCGAUGCUCCUUGCCCUAGAUACAUGUGAUGAAAUCAAUGUAUACGGCAUGGUCUACGAUGAAUACUGCCAAGACCACCCUAACGACACAACUCCCUACCACUACUACCUACAAGAAGAAAAUAAGACAAGGUCCGAAUGUGACUAUUACAGACGAAGCGAGGAACGCCUGAACAGCGGGCAUCUCUUCGUGACCGAGAAAUACAUCUUCGGACGAUGGGCCCAGAAGCACCACAUCUCGUUCCACUAUCCCGUCUGGAAACCGAAGGUUUACAACGAGACCAGUCUCGACACGCCGUUCAUGAAACUUUACCGCGAGAAACGCGUGAAAGCGAAGAAACUUUCCGCGGCGGACCGCCACGAUGAGAACAGUGAAGGCGAGAACGGUGGCGACCGCGCAGGACCAAAAGAUUCACCGAGCAAAAGGAUGCCCUCUAGCGACGAUGGAAAUAGAUGGAAAGAGCGAGAACCCGAUCCUUUAGAAGAGAAGGAUUUCAUGCUUUUUGGAAAGACAAACAUGGGGAUAUUUGGAGUAUUAAAGAGGUGAUGGCGGGAGAUUUUCCUGACGAACAGGAUUAUAUUUACGAAAUAUUAUUAUUGUGAGGAUUAUUGUUAUCCUAAAGGCUCUUCUUUGCACAUUGGUAUGAUCAUGUCAUUGAAUAAUAUCGUGUACCUGAUGAUAUUCUACUAUUUACAAUUUAUUUGCUCUAUAAACGUCAUGCGAUAUAUAUCAAAAUGAUAUGAUAUGAAUUUUAAACUUUUGUCAUCAAAGAUCAUGGACUAUUUUUGACACCUGAAUUUUUUCAUUUUUGUUAAUGUUUCCUCGUCUUUUCACAGGAACGUUGGAAACCAACACAAUCCUUUCAAACGUGUCGCAGCUUAUUCACAAAUCGAUUGUUUGCUGAGCAGGAAUUAGUAAUCCAGUUAUUCAGGAGGAUAAUCUUGAAAAAUUUCAUAAAAAGCAAACUUCUGUAUGAAUGAUAACAAUCACUAUAUAAAUUCUCACAAUAGAAUCAUUUCGAUUACCAGGGAUGUAUAAGUAAGAUGUUCGUAAGUUAAGAGCGACUUUAAGAACGACUGGUGAUCCUUUCUUACGAGUUGACCCAUCGCCAAUGAAUCUAUCGUUUACCACAAGAAAGGAUCACCAGGUCACAAAGAAUAAACCAACUCCAAACCGACCAAUGGUAUGUCAUUGGUAAUAACGUAAAAGCUUUGGUCGGACAGGACUCGGCUUCCUUCGUGUGACUGAGACAUAUAUUCUCCUAGAUUUUAAUUAUAAUUCAUGCAUUUCCAAGUCUUCCACGAACUUUAAGGAGUGCUUUGAAAUUUAGAAUAGGUCUCGCCACAUGGCGGAUUCAAAACUGGAACAGUAAAAUGCCCGUCAAAUGACAAUGAAAAGCUGGAAGGUUUCCGUCAAAAUUGGUGAAUCGGAACAGCAGUUACGUCCAAAGUUUCGGAGCUGACAACAAAUGUAAAUAUGUAGUUUGUCCAGAGUCCAGGACGAACUGCUGUUUUGAUUCGCCAAUUUUCGACAAUGUCAUUGUCAUUAAGGGGAUUUGACAAUAUAUUUUUUAUGUUUUUUAAUCCGGCGUGCGCUGUGGAGC